GAAUGUUCUUCCAGUGGGUGUUAUGUAGUGGUAUCUUCAUGGUGGGUGUGGUAGUGCAGCUGAUCCAGCAGUCCACCUUUCACCCAUUUGCCAUGAUUGGGGGUCUUAUCUGGACAACAGGAAACCUGUGUGUGGUUCCAAUAUUCAAAACCAUUGGUAUGGGCUUGGGAAUGAGCACCUGGAGCACAUUCGGUCUCAUUGUGGGAUGGGCAACAGGCAGAUUUGGCCUGUUUGGUACUGACCCAGAUAAAAUCACAAACUCUGCUAUGAACUAUGUGGGUGUGGCACUGGCAUUUGGUAGUAUCCUGUUGUACGUGUUGGUGAAGAAUGAGAUCAGUGGCUCCACCGAGGUGGAAGUUGAUGUCAGUGACGAUGUUUUGAUUCAUGCAGAGACAUCAUCGAUUAACAACAGCAUCCAGUCUUCAGCUGACGGAAGCAACAUCAUUGUCUUCAAAAGAUCUUCAGACCCAGCCUGCACAAGUCCCGACAUUCAAGGGUCUGAUGACCGCAUGUACAUCGAGAAUCUGUCACCAGUCAAGAAGAAAAUCAUAGGCACAGCUCUGGCCAUUUUUUCUGGCAUCUUGUACGGCGUCCAGUUCACGCCAGCAACGUAUGUACAAGAAAAUUACGUAGGCGCUAGCAAAAAUGGUCUAGACUAUGUGUUCACACACUUCUGUGGCAUCUAUGCCACCAGCUGUGUCUACCUGUUUCUCUAUUGUGCUGUCAAGGCAAACAAGCCCAAGGUUUACCCAGAGGUGAUCCUUCCUGGCAUUGUGUCUGGGAUCAUGUGGGCAAUAGCCACUUCCUGCUGGUUCAUCGCCAAUGCUGAGAUCUCCGAAGCUGUCUCAUUUCCUAUUGUUAGCACGGCCCCGGCAGCCAUAGCUUCACUCUUCUGGGGGGUCAUUGUGUUUCAUGAAAUCAAGGGAGUCAAGAACAUCAUCAUCCUGCUGCUGGCAUUCUGUGUCAUGUCUGCAGGAGCCAUCUUAGCCGGGCUGUCCAAGUAG